AUGCCUAUUACUAAGGCAUAUCGAACUAUUCGUAAUCAAAGCCUUCAGGUGAUUGCAAAGAAAUUACCAAUCGAUUUUGCGAUCACACAGAAAGAGAGAUACCUACAACUAAAAUGGGGAAAGACCAUUCAGUGUGGUUUACGCACUAUAGCCAGCGAUGGUGUCGAGUGGAGCUUUUCAUACUCUAACACCUUAUUACCUGGUUGCUCUUUAAACUGCAAUUUUGAUGAUGUACAAUCUGCAGAAUUAGAUAUUUAUACUGACAGAUCCAAAAUUAAUGACGCCGUCGGAUGCGGCUUUGUAGUUUUCACUGAUAACAUGGAGAUAUUCAGUCAAUCGAUAUGUUUGAAUAGCUUUUGUGCAGUUUUCCAAGCAGAAUUAUUUUCUAUUCUACAGGCAAUUAAAUGGGAAAAUAAUUAUUAUCCUAAAACAACUAUACAAUUAUUUACAGAUUCAUUAUCUGCUUUUACUCUUCUGAAAAGUUCAAAACUACAUCCAUUUGCUGAAGAGAUACGAAAUUUACCACGGACUACGAGCUGUAACUUUGCAAUUACAUGGGUAAGGGCCCACCAAGGUGUACAAGGCAAUGAGAGGGCAAAUUAUUUAGCAAAACAAGCUGCUGAAAACACUGCAUUGCCUGUUGAAUAUAAUAAAAUUAAUCUACGAACUUUACGUCGAAUAUUAUGGGAGGAUGCUCUACAUAACUGGCAGAUCAAAUGGGAUAAUAAUAGAGAACACAUCACACAAAUUUGUCUUCAAUAUUAA